GUUGAGGUUGUUGCCAGGAAACUUGAGCUAGGCCCAAAUACAGUGGGGCACCAACAGGGGCUGCUGGAUCACAUUCACAUUCGAUCCCUCCCGCCGCCGCAACUGAUCUCAUAGCCACCCAUGGCGCCGCCCUCUCUGCUCCGCGCCGCCGCAGCCGAGCUCCGCCGCCGAGGCCAUCGCGCACCUCUCCCCCUCCCGUCCCUCUCCUCCCUCCUCUCUCCGCCUCCCCAGGCCCCAACCUCCAGCUGCCCCUAUCCCAACCCUGAUGCCCACUGCCGCCACCUCAUCACCCUCCGCCGGUGCCCGCUCCCAGCCUCCGCCUCCGACCUCUUUUACAGCAGGGUUCUACUCCCGACCAACUUCUCGCCCGUCUCACCCUUCUCGACCUCAUCAUCCUCUUCCGAAUCCGCGGACAAGGCUUCGCCGCCACCACUAACGUGGGUGGACAAGUGGCUUCCGGAGGCGGCGCGGCCGUACGCGAUGCUCGCCCGCCUCGACAAGCCCAUCGGGACGUGGCUCCUCGCUUGGCCCUGCAUAUGGUCGAUCACAAUAGCAGCAAUGCCAGGGGAGCUGCCUGACCUGAAAAUGCUUGCACUUUUCGGAUGUGGAGCUGUCCUCCUCAGGGGGGCUGGUUGCACAGUGAAUGAUCUUCUUGAUCGCGACAUUGAUAACAAGGUCGAGCGCACCAAAAGCAGGCCAUUCGCAUCAGGUGUUCUUACUCCUUCACAAGGAGUGUGCUUCCUCGGAUUUCAGCUUCUAUUGGGACUGGGCAUUCUUCUCCAACUAAAUAACUAUAGCCGUAUUCUGGGUGCAUCUUCACUUCUUCUGGUCUUUUCUUAUCCCCUGAUGAAGAGAUUCACAUUUUGGCCUCAGGCAUAUCUUGGCCUGACAUUCAACUGGGGAGCUUUAUUAGGAUGGGCUGCUAUUAAAGGAAGCUUAGAUCCUGCCAUCAUCCUUCCGUUGUAUUCUGCUGGUAUAUGUUGGACACUGGUAUAUGAUACCAUAUAUGCACAUCAGGACAAAGAAGAUGACCUUAAAGUAGGAGUUAAGUCCACAGCAUUAAGAUUUGGAGAUUUGACCAAGUACUGGAUUAGUGGCUUUGGUGUCGCAUGCAUUGGCAGCUUAGCACUCAGUGGCUACAAUGCUGAUCUUGGAUGGCCCUACUAUCCUUUUCUGACAGCUGCGGGUGCACAGUUAGUGUGGCAGAUUUCCACUGUGGAACUAUCUAACCGCUCAGAUUGCAACAGGAAGUUUGUGUCCAAUAAGUGGUUUGGAGCUUUGGUAUUUAGUGGAAUUUUAUUUGGUCGUCUUGUAUCAUUUUAGAUUUAUCAGGCAUGCUCUGUAAUGAUAUGUUUUUUUUCUGUAGCAUAUUGAUUUUGAUAGAACAUAGGCAGUUUUGUAAUUCAACGUGGGAAGAACAUACCAAGCCCUUGACUCUGCAGCAUGCUGCAAACUGAACUCUUGUUAUUCUCCGAGCGCGCGUCUUGAUUGUGCUCCCCAUCCCCUGUGUACAAUUUAUAAGACAAGAAAAUGACGAUACAUCGAUGUGGAAUACAUAUUUGUGUUCUGAUAUUCGUUC